CUUGUAUACCAAUGACGGCAUACUUAAAAAAAAUCAAGUUGGAAUUAGGAAACGAAAAUCUACAUUAUGCUAUAGCAAAAUCUGACAAUAUAACUGUGCUAAAAAGAUUUCGACAAAAAAGUGAACCUCAUUGGUUGUUUUUUUAUGAUGGGAAAAUGGUCAAUAUCAUUAUUGGUACCAAUGCUCCUAAGUUAAUGCAAUUAAUAGUGGAUGAAUUGGAACAGUAUGUUAAGUUCAAAAAUGGUGAAAUCCAGAGAGAGUUUAUACCACUGAAUAAAGUAACCGACGAGGAGAAAAAAAAAUUAAUCGAUACUGAAAACUAUCUAAAGCAGAAAACAAGAAAAGAAAAACAAAUAAGAGCAAUAAUAUUUUGUUAUGGAAGUUAUACUGCAUAA